UUCCGGACCUGCCCAGAUCACGAGGGGCGUUGCGCUGUUGGAAUCGCUUCCUCCAGCGGGAUCCUCCCCCGUGUAGGUGCACGAGUCCGGUGCGAUCCCUGACGCUCAGCGCGCCAGUCUCUGAGGACGAGCUGAGCCGGUUAGAGUCCCUGGAACGACCCAGGAAAAGAAAAAGGCCUCAUGUUAUAAGAGGACCACAAAGACGAACGCCUUCCUCGCUUCUCACUCCAAGGAAACCCCUACGAAAAGCCGGGAGCCACAGCCUGAAGCACAGAAGCCAAGCCCCACGCAGCUAUGCCGCGGACUCGCUCACAGCUCCGCCCCGGACGCGCCCCCCGAUGGGCGGAGGUCGUUGAGGCCACACCCCCGGCACUUGUAGCCGGGACGACUUGAGGGGGGUGGAUGGGUCCUCCUCCGGCGCGUGACCGGAAGCGCCUCGGUCUCUCUGGGUGAGGGGGGCUCCCCCUUCAUUCCAUCUCUCCCGCCCCGUCGGGUGACGUUGCGUAGGGCGGGGCCUAUGCGACAGCGGAAGCGGUCACCCAGAAGACACGAUGAGUGUUAAAGCUUUCAAGCUCGUUUCUGCUGUUGAGCGGGAGAUGUUAAUGGGAGACAGAAAUUACAUCAACAUUGAAUGCAUUGAGUGUUGUGGAAAGAACCUCUAUAUCGGAACAAAUGACUGCUUUAUCUAUCACUUUCUGUUGGAUGAAAAGAUAUCACCAGCUGGAAAAAUAACUUUUGCUGCCACCAAGCAACUGCAUAAAUACCUGGGCUUUAAGAAACCUGUGAGCGAGUUAAAAGCAGCCUCUGCCCUCACUAGGCUUCUCGUGCUUUGUGACAACACAAUAACACUAGUUAACAUGAUGAACUUGGAACCUGUCCCCACGGGCGCUAGAAUCAAAGGAGCUGUUGCGUUCACGUUAAAUGAAAACCCUGUGAGUGGGGACCCUUUCUGCGUCGAAGUUUGCAUCAUCUCGGUGAAACGACGGACCAUUCAAAUGUUCAUGGUGUUUGAAGACAGAGUCCAAAUAGUGAAGGAAGUGUUUACUCCAGAGCAACCCUGUGCUGUGGCUGUAGACGGUUAUUAUUUAUGUCUUGCCCUUACUACGCAGUAUAUCAUUUUGAAUUAUAAUACCGGCGUCUCCCAAGAUCUAUUUCCUUAUUGCAGUGAUGAAAAACGACCAAUUGUGAAAAGGAUAGGCAGACAAGAGUUUCUCUUGGCUGGCCCUGGAGGCCUAGGUAUGUUUGCAACCGUAGACGGCAUUUCCCAGCGCGCUCCUGUGCACUGGUCAGAGAACGUGAUUGGAGCGGCUUUGUGCUUUCCCUAUGUAGUUGCUCUCGAUGAUGAGUUCAUUACUGUGCACAGCAUGCUGGACCAGCAGCAAAAGCAAACCCUGCCUUUUAAAGAAGGUCACAUUCUACAGGACUUUGAAGGAAAGGUCAUUGUUGCUACUAAUAAGGGUGUGUACAUCUUGGUGCCACUACCUUUGGAAAAACAGAUCCAGGAUCUUCUAGCUAGCCACAGAGUGGAAGAAGCACUUGUCCUAGCAAAAGGAGCUCGAAGGAAUAUUCCAAAAGAGAAAUUUCAGGUAAUGUACAAACGAAUCCUGCAGCAAGCAGGUUUUAUACAGUUUGCACAGCUUCAGUUCCUUGAAGCAAAAGAACUCUUCAGAAGCGGCCAGCUUGACGUCCGGGAGCUGAUCUCUCUCUACCCCUUCCUGUUGCCUACUUCCUCUUCAUUUAUACGAUCUCAUCCCCCUCUGCAUGAGUACGCGGAUCUAAACCAGCUGACCCAAGGGGACCAGGAGAAGAUGACAAAAUGCAAACGAUUCCUCAUGAGUUAUUUGAAUGAAGUCCGCAGCACCGAGGUUGCAAAUGGCUACAAGGAAGAUAUUGACACAGCUUUACUCAAGCUGUAUGCUGAAGCAAAUCAUGAAAGCCUGCUGGAUCUGCUAGUUUCGGAGAACUUUUGUCUUUUAACAGAUAGUGCUGCCUGGCUGGAAAAACACAAAAAAUAUUUUGCCCUUGGUCUCCUGUAUCACUACAAUGGUCAAGAUGCUGCAGCACUUGAGUUAUGGGUGAAAAUAGUUGAUGGAGACAUCCAAGAUUCUACACGUUCAGAUCUCUAUGAAUAUAUAGUAGACUUCCUUACGUUCUGCUCAGACCAAGAUCUAGUGUGGAAAUACUCUGAAUGGCUUUUACAAAAAAACGAAGAGGUUGGUGUACAGAUUUUCACUAAAAGGCCUUUGGAGGAACAGGAGAAAAACAACAUCAAUCCAGAUGAUAUCAUCAAUUGCCUUAACAAAUAUCCUAAAGCACGUGUUAAAUAUCUAGAACAUCUAGUACUGGAAAGAAAAAUAGAGAAAGAAAAGUACCAUACUCAUCUAGCUGUCUUGUACUUGGAGGCAAUACUUCAGCUAAAAUCUGUGACCACAGAUGAUUGUACAGACACAGCUGAACUUCUGUUUAAGCUACGCAAUCUUCUUCAGAAAUCAGAUCUUUAUAGAAUUCACUUUAUUUUGGACAAAAUCCAGGGCACAGACCUUCAUAUGGAGAGCGCAAUUUUGUACGGAAAACUAGAAGAACACGAGAAGGCUUUGCAUAUCCUUGUCCAUGAGUUAAAGGACUUCCAGGCUGCUGAAGAAUACUGUCUAUGGAACUCUGAGAAGAGAGAGGUGCAAUACAGACGGAGGCUUUUCCAUAUGCUCCUGUCAGUGUAUCUGAACCCAGGCACUUCGAAUUGUGCACUAGUCACAGCUGCUGUGGAUCUCUUGAAUAACCACGCUACUGAAUUUGAUGCGGCUCUAGUUUUGCAGGUGGUGCCUGACAGCUGGUCAGUGCAGCUCCUCUCUCCCUUCCUGGCUGGAGCAGUGAGGCAAAGCAUUCAUACGAAAAGAAUGACUCAGGUGGCACUUGGGCUAGCACAAGCUGAAAACUUAAUCUACAAACAUGAGAAGGUUAAACAAAAAGGAGCCCCAAUUCUUCUUUCGGACAAAAACGUCUGUCAGGUGUGCCAAAACCCUUUCUGCGAGCCUGUAUUUGUAAGAUACCCCAAUGGAGGUAUGGUUCACACUCAUUGUGCUGCAGACAGACGUCUCAAUUCAAACAUGAUUCAUCACGCUUCCAGCUCCAGCAAUCAGACUUGAAAUAUGUUCCAGUCCCACGGGUUCUCAUGACUUACACCCCAUUGUGAGUGGUCUGGAAACAAACAAACAAAAAAGAACAAAGUGCAGCUACUUUAGGUAUAAAUCAAGAUUAGUCUUUGGGUUAACGGGAAGACUUCCCGUAAAUACGAAACAUUGCCACUUAUCUUUUUGAUUUCUAAUGAAUGUAGAUAAAAUCACUACCAGAAGUGGAGAGGUGCAAAUAUAGGCUUCUUCUGUAUAUAGUAAUAAAAAGUUAAAGAAAACAAGCCUUUUCUUCACAGUAAGGAUGAAUGUUAUGGAGACGAGGCAGACAGUUAUUUGAAGAAACGUCACUUUGCACUGAAUGCGGUGUUGAUGAAUUUGUAGAGGUGGAGAUGGCAUCUCUUGGGAGUUGCACCCCUUGGAACAUUACAUGAAAAGACUGGCAUCAUGCAGCUUACUAUCAAGACAAAAAUGUUCAUUGGUUGUAAUGUUUGCUGCAGCAUGUCUUCUACUGGGCUGAAUUCUCUCCCCCAUGACCACAGUAUGAACUUGAUUUUUGCUCCACAAAUUGUUGGCUUUUCAUGCACUUUUUAGUACUCCUCCCUCUCCUUCUCAUCUGCUAUACAGAAUUUAAAUGUCAGCACUGGUCCAUUACGUUUCCACUCAGAUUUUCUGCAAUAAACUGGGUGGAAAUUGAUGGCCUCAGUCACACAGCUGUGCUUGGAAGGGAAAAAAAAACCACCAUCAAGUUGAAUUAUCUGGUCAGACUGUAGUCACUUUUAUAUGGGUGAAGAGAUCUUAACUUUAAUAUUGAUUUAUUUAUUAAUAUGCAAAUUUACUGUACAUACAGUUGAAUAAAUUGAUCUUAUACCAUUCUAGAGUUUCUUUGGAGGAUAAAGAUGUAGCUGAUACAUAAGCGUACAGAUUGUGUGCUAAAUGUUUGCUAUAACCUAACUUAGGCAGAUUGGAACUCCACAGGAAGAAGUUUUAGUACUUGUGGAUGAUGCUAUGCAGUCAAAGUCAUGGGAGGGAAAAAAGGUAUCAUUGGGAAGAAAUCUACGAAGGUGUACUACAGGGAUACUGGAUUUGUUACAUUCUGCAAAACCAUCCUGUAAGCUAAAGUUUUUCAAAUAACAGCAGAACCCCUUUGUUUAACUGCCCUGGUAAGUAUCCAUGUUACUACUUUAACAUUUUAAAGCAAUCUACUUAAAAGAGGCAACUUCUCACAGGAGAGAUUUGAAAAUAAUGACUUCAAAUAAAUGUUUGGUAUUUCAAAGUCAAAGCAUUUCUUUUAAUUCUGUAAAGCUGUAAUAAAUACCAAGCUUACUGGCUGGCAUGCAAUUGAGUUAGUAUGGCUCCUUGUUUCAGCAUUCCACAUCAGAUUUGAGAUUUUUUCAGCAAAAUGGUAUCUCUGGAUGGUGUCUUCCAGAUGUAGCCUCAGCCCAAGCCUCCUGUUACAGAAAGGCUGACUUACAAAACAGCCUGGUGAGCAUAGUGCUGCCUCCAGGAGGAGACAGCUAGACUACAUCCAGGAGGGAAAAAUACCCAUCAAUUUCUUUGUAUUUAAAGCAAAAGACCUUCAGAUCUUUCUUUUUCCUGAGUUAGAAAAAUGUAGCUGUUGGUUUGGGUUUUUAAAAAAUAAAAUCCAAGUAAGGAGUUCUGUAGCACUUUCUGCUAAGACAUGUAGGGCAUGUUUAGUGAAAGGCACCUUCAAAGAAGACAAGCAUGGGCAUUUCUGAUUUAGUUCUGGCAUGAGUGUUCUCCUGUGGCACUGGUAUGAGCAGAUUACCUUGUAUUCCUGGUUUUCAAACAUGAUAUAUUCAACUGCCAGUGAUGACACAGACAAAUCUGUAGUCUUCCGUCCUCAAAAUGAUAGUGAACAAGUAAUUUUACAAAGAUCUGAUAAGCCUUUUGUGUUACGGUAGUGUAAGAUUCAUAAGAAAUAACUUUGUUUUGCUGCAAGCAUCCUCAGUAUGCUCUGUGUUCCCACCUAACCAGGAGGAACUGAAAGAAGGAGCACUCUUUGUGAUGAAGGUCUGUUUCUAGCCACUAGGAAGUGAUCAUCUUAGUCUUGGAAACUAGUGUUGCAAGGACAGGAGAUCAUACCCUUCCAAACCACAAGGAAGUUCUCAGUUGUUAUUGCAUGAAAAGAUGUGUCUGUAAAAGAUUAAACAAUUCUUUAUUAAUAUCUGGUAUUUUUUUCCGGAUUUGUACUUGACUAAAAUGCACAGUAACAGUUGUAAAUACAGAAUAACUACAGAAACCAGAGUAAUGCACAGUAGCCUAUAUGCAAUCAUUGGUGACAAAAAGGGGGAUUAAUAUUAAUGUUGGGGAAUACUGUGACAAAAAGGGGGAUUAAUAUUAAUGUUGGGGGAUGCUGUUGUUUUUAGUCCCUUUCAGAAUCUUGGACUAAAAAAAUAAGGACAUUUGAUCCAUAAAUCAUUACUUGUUUCUUUGUUGAACUUUAUGCUAGAACUAAUUUGGAUGAAUUAAUGUGGAAGCCCAAUGGUAACAAAAAGGAAAAGCAAGAAAACCAACAUGAGGCUGAGGUAGAGCGAGAGCUCAGCAGGGAAGUGGCAGGUGAAGGGUGUUUUUCCGCUGUGAAUACCGUGGUUGAGCAAUUGGGAUAAUGCUUGAGCAGAGGAGAGCGAGAGCUGGCCUGUGUGCAAAUGGUGGCUAGUAUUCUGUGCUGUAUCACGAGGAAGCUUAUGAAUUCCAUGUUUAGAUCGCCUUAGGCAGGACAACUACAAGACCUCGUGGGACAGAGGCACGUUGGAGAACCUCUUGGCACAUUGGAAAACCAGAGUUUAUUCUGCCUUUUCUUUUGGCACUGUCAGUUUGCUCACUCUUUGUUUAUGUGGCCAAAGUCCUGGGACAGCAUUGCCACUGUGGUAAGUUCUUUUGGUUUGGCUGCAGCAGUGAGGAGAAACUGAAUGGUAACUGAUUAUUAAUUGCUGAUUGGAUAUGUGAAGGAAUAGAGGCAGGAAAGGGGAACAUUUAUUUGACUGUCUUAUUAAAUGGGAGUUUAAGCUUGAUGCACUGUUUUUCUCUCCUGUUAGGGAAUGUGAUGUCUUAGACCUGCCCUUGGAGAGAUGAGAUGCUGCCAGAAUAUUUCCUAAUUUAGCUCUUGGUAAAUUAUUUGUGUUUGUAGUUCAUCUCUCUCACUUCUUAUUUUUUCUCAUGAGUCUCUUCCAACUUUGUGAAAACCAAAACAGUAGUGCAGAUCUUUUUUGUUUUCCUAAUAUGACAGUAUAUCCGUGAUUCCGGACACAAUAAACAGAUGCUUUUGCAGAUAUGGAGGCACAUUUGCUUAACAUUUAGCUUCUAAUUACAGAAAUAUUACAGCUCUGAUUUUUUUUUAAGCCAUCCUCUCUUACAGUCACUGAUAUAUACAAAAACACUCUUUAAACCCUUUCUUACUCUUUCAUAUCUCCAUACUUCCUCACAUAAAAAUGACCUGUGCCGUGUGUGUGUCAUUAUAUGUGGGUUUUCCACUCUCUUAAGUCAAAAAGACAGGAAAAAUACUAAUGAGAAGAAAAUGCCUAGAAUCUGAUAGUCUGCUUAAGAUUAAUGGCUGUAUACUUCUGAGAAAGGAAUUUGGUUAGAUCUUCGUUUCUAUUAUUUAAAGGGAUAGGUUAUCUGUCACAUUGAUAAUAUUGCAAGAUCACUGGUCUCAAAGGCUGGAGUGAAGAAGCAAUUGGAUUUUGUUAGACAGUGCACCACAGGUGCUUGGGAACUGACUUCUUUGGGCAGCCUGGACUGUGGUGGCCCAGAUGUGCAUGAGAGCUUGGUUUCCAAUCAGACCUUCUCUCUUUGCUUCCCCUGCUCCCAAUCUCCAAAACCUUUCCAACCUUUAUUACCUGGUUAAUGCCACUCUUCUAGCACUUCAAAGACGUGGGUGUAAACCUUGAGAGUGCUGGGUGGACUCUUGAGCAUGUGUCUUUGUUCAACAAAACGUCACUUUUACUACAUCAGCUACAUGAAACCCUGAUACCGUCAGUUGUGGGAAGGCGGUGGCAGAAAUGGAGUGUGAAUAUGUUUUCCGGGACCUUUGUUACAUGUUUGAACACACAAACGUUAUCCAGACUGUGCUGAAUCUUUAUAACAACAUCUGUUCUUUGUAGGGCUGCUAGCCUGAAUUGGUGUUUAAAAGUAAUUUAGUUUAUACAGUUGUAGCAAGACGAAACUUUUUCCUUUUAAUACUCUUCCCAAGUUCCUACGGUCUCUAUUCAGCAUAGCUCUAAGUGUUUUAAUAACAUCCUGCUGUCAGGAUAGGCAGCAGCUAAUCCAUUUUCAUUGUGAGCUCUUCUCCUAUUGCCUGUAUUUACUAAUUAAUUUUUCUCUUGCUGUACAACACUUGGGGGCUUACGCCUUCUCUGAACACUGGUAAUUAAAUGUGCUGCUACUAUGAAAGGGAAAAGAAGAAAAGAAGUUAAUGACAUUCUGUAAUGUCUGAUUGAUGACAAAACUGAAGUUCCCCUGCAGUAAAUUUGUUCAGAUGGGAAUCUGUACCGUUAGUGCUUUCUGUCUUAAUGAUUUUGUUGGUGAACAUAUACAUCAGUAUAUGGAAUGUACAAAUGUAUAAAUA